ACAACCACUCUGCGAACUUUUGACGACACCACACCUUUCCGACUCUUCUGUCCCAGCGCCAACCCAUUUCGACAGACAGAUCAGCCCGCCCCCCGACCGCAAAGAUGGCGGACGUCGACACCCCCGUCACCCUGCGAACUCGCAAGUUCAUCCGUAACCCCCUGCUUGGCCGUAAGCAGAUGGUCGUUGACAUCCUCCACCCCGGCCGCGCCAACAUCUCCAAGGAUGAGCUCCGCGAGAAGCUUGGCUCCCUGUACAAGGCCACCAAGGACCAGAUCAACGUCUUCGGCCUCCGCACCCAGUUCGGUGGUGGCAAGACCACUGGCUUCGCCCUCGUCUACGACUCCCCCGAGGCCAUGAAGAAGUUCGAGCCCCACUACAGACUGGUCCGCGUCGGCUUCGCCAACAAGAUCGAGAAGGCCAGCAGACAGCAGCGUACGCAAGCAGCGCAAGAACCGCCAGAAGACUCUGCGCGGAACGGCGAAGGUCAAGGGUCCCAAGAAGAAGAAGGAAUAAGCGUCUCGCUUUGUUGCCUAGGGUUAAGGCAUGCGAGGGAUUUCCCCCGGAUCAUCCGCAAAACAGUGGGCGGCGUUGGUGGAACAUCAAAAAAACAUACGAAUCAAAAUGUCGUCUUUGGGCUCUCGUGUUGUUGUUCCGCCGGUGGGGGGACGUCCCUCGUCUUCGCUCUCGUGGGGUUGUCCAUUUCGGCUGCGGCCAUGUGCAUUAUACGACGAAACAAUGCGGCUUUUGCAUCGUCCCUGUGUCGGUCCGGCGGGUUUAUGGCCGGCCGCGCAAAACUACUAGAGUCAACGCGGCGUGAAACGGGGGAAUGGGUUCAUGAUUCUCUCAAAUACGAAAUGCAUCAAACACACGUAUCCCGAUGGUUCCCCAGGUCUAGUCCACGACGCCUGCUCACCUAAUAAUCUCCCGUAUGGUAGCCCAGAGUGACCAUCCCCAUCGUAGUUGGUUCUUGACGUGAUGUUGAUGUUUGAUGCGAGAUAUCCUAGCUGCGUCUGAGAAGCAUUAAGAGAGCCUUACCACCUGGACAAUUGGAGCAUUGCUACGUGACAUCUUAUUCUGCUAGCUGUUGCCUCGGCACGGCUCGCUCGCGAACGCAUUGUGGCAGGCGAUUACGGUCUAGCAGGCGAUCAACCUUCUCGGCGCGUUAAUGGUCCCGUACGGUACCGCGAGGCAACCGAUCCGAGCCUGGCACCACCAACACUCGCAUCCCACCGAAGCCGAAAUUGCUGCUUUCAAGGCUCUUGAAGACGUCAGACAUGAAUCGACGGUGCACUCUUGAUUUCUUUUUUCUCUCUCUUCUACCGUCGGUACCGUGAACUCGGCCGUGUUCCUUUCAUCUAAGCCCUCCCUCAACUCUGCCGACAGUCAUUUCGGCCACCGUCUGAUGCAUCCCUACUGCUGCCUAUUCACAGCGCGCCUUGGGGACUUCCAUGGCAAUCACCCACAAGACGUAGGCUCUAGACAGAGUAUUCCCCCUCUGUCUCCACGUAAAGAUUACUUAGAAACACUAGUGACGGGGAAGCAAAAGAGAGAAGAAU